AUGAUGCAUGAUAUAAGACAAAUCUUCGAUAAUAUUACGUCAUCUCGCCGAUUUACAAGUUGGGACAAUCUUGAGACCUAUUUGAAAGAUGUACAUAGGUACACGCAUACUAAGUACUUUAUAUCAGUAUGUAAAGGGAACAAUGAUGACCCAACUCUAAAGUAUUUUUUCGUGAGAUAUGUCUGUACACAUGGACGUAAACGCAGUUCGUCAGAGUCAGAUGCUUGUGGUCAGGAUGUAGAUGAUGAUAGUGAUCAUCAUUCUUCUGAAGAGCAUACAACUUCUAACUCACCACCACAACCCAGACAAAGAAGACGACGUUAG